AAAUUUUUUUUUAGGUUAAAGUCUUGUCAUAAAAAAAAAAUAAAUUGCGUUAUAUUAAAUACUUAAUUAUUUAUGGCGUGGAUUUUAGACACCCCUUUAACAUGUAUUCAACGUUUUUGUGUAAACAUAAUAAAAUCGGGUCAAGUUCCCCGUCAUAUUGCGUUUAUAAUGGAUGGAAAUCGUCGAUACGCCACGAAAAAUCAUAUUAAAAAAGUAGCUGGACAUAAAAGUGGGUUUGAUAAAUUAGCAGAAACAUUAAAAUGGUGUUUUGAACUAGGAAUCGAAGAGGUAACCGUUUAUGCGUUUAGCAUAGAAAAUUUUAAACGUAGCCAAGAAGAGGUUGAAGGUUUAAUGGAGUUGGCGAAAGAGAAGUUUCGAAAUCUUUUAGAAGAGGGUGAUAAAUUAAAAGAAGAGGGUGUUUGUGUAAGGGUUAUUGGAAAUUUAAGCUUAAUACCUGAAGAUAUUCGUAGAGACAUAGCGAAAGCGAUGAUUAUGACUCGAAAUAAUAAGAAGUUAUUUUUAAAUGUUGGAUUUGCUUAUACUUCGAAGGACGAAAUUUGCAGUUCAAUUAAAACGAUUAUAAAUGGAGUUAAAAAUGAUGAGAUUUCAAUUGAUGACAUCGAUGAGAAAUUAAUCAGUGAUUGUUUGUACACGAAUCAUUCCAAAGAACCUGAUAUAUUAAUUAGAACAUCUGGGGAAGUUCGAUUCAGUGAUUUCUUGCUGUGGCAAAGUUGGAAUUCUUUGAUUUAUUUCACUGAUAUUUUAUGGCCAGAGUUUAGUAUAUGGCAUUUAUUAGGAGCUGUUUUUCAGUAUCAGAGGCAAUCUAGGAAUUCAGAAUGUUUAAAUAAAGAUUAUAAUGAAUGUAAUGAAAAGGUUAAGAACUUUCUUGAUAAUGUUGAUGAGAAAAGGUGGGCGCAAUUAGAGUUAUAUGCUAAGAAUUAGAUUGGAAAUAAAUUUUUUAGGUUAG